CAUUUUCUGCCAAAUUGGGGUCGACUAUUCUGUGAAUCGAAGUGACAAAUCCAGUUACAAAGAUAAAACCCUUAAAACCCAAAUCAUACUCGCGUCAAAAAUUGGACAUGGACUACCAGCAGCCCCACGGCUACAUGAGGCAUCCUCCGCCACCCCCUCCGCCACCGCCCGCGGCGGAUCCGUUCCAAAGACCACCACUCCCUCCGCCCCAAUCCAAUCAUCCGUGGCCCUAUCCCCCUACCCAAUUUCAAUACCAUCCCCAAACACAACACUCCCCUUCCCCUCCUCCUCCACAGUGGCCGCCGCCGCCGCCUCAGUCGUCUGACCAUCCUCAAUACGCUCAGCAUCCUUAUCAGACGCAUCAGCCUCCGCAUUACCAUGCCCACCCUCACUACCCGCCUCCGCCCCCGCUUCCGCCUAGACCGCCUCACGGUUCUCAGUCCUACCCUCAGGACUGGGGAAGUGGCGGUUGGAGUCAUCAUCAAAAUUGGCAAUACCCAACUGCAGCUAAUAACAACGAAGAAGACUGGGCAGCUAGAGCUAAGGCAUGGGCUGCUGCUAAAUCUGCCUCUGACAAUCAACACACUCCAUCACAUUUUGGACCAGGUGGAAGACCAGAAGAGCAAAAUCAUUUCCAUGAGAAAUAUCCUCAACAAUUUCUUGAUGGGCAUGUGCCGGUAGCUCCAGCAUCAAACUAUCAUCAAUUCCCAGUUGCAAUGGGGUCGUCAAACAGGACAGGUGUUGAUGUACAUGCUCCAUUUCCUGCUAGAGAUGGAGGCACAGCUGGAGAUUCAGUUCCACCUUUCCCUCCACAAGAAAAAUCACCUAUAAGUCCACUAGUCCAUCAGCAGGAGGUACCUUCUAGUUAUUCUUCUGUUGCAGGUAAUGUGGAGGCUGGAGAUAGAUACGAAAAGCUCAAUAGCUCUUCAUCUACUCCAGUUGCCUCUUUUCCGCCUCAUCAUUUUCAUCAUAUGCCGCCCACAACUGGCAGAUGGAUGGAGGAACCUCAUCAUGUACUUAAUAGCCAGCCAACUGAGUCUGUAACUGACAUGAGCGAUCAACCACUGAAUUUUGCACCGCAUUACAAUCGUGAUCCUGAGACACAUGUCCAACCCAACUAUGCUCACUCUUCCAGCGUUUCUGUUAGAGGUGGGGAUCCUACUGUGGCUAUGUCUUCAAACUAUGCAUGGCCUCCCCAUACUGCACCUGGGGCUGCUUAUCCUCCGCCACCUCCGGCAAUGCCAUUAGGGUCACAGGUUGAUCAUCCAAUAGCUAUGCCUUCUGCAGUAUCUGGACAUACUGCCCCAGUAUUUCCUCCUGGUCCUGGUUUCCAGCCUAUUGUUCCAAUGGUAGGUAGUGGUGUUUUUGGGGUUGGUGCAGGAGUAACACCUCAUCCCACAACAUUUUCAGGAGAUGCUUUUGGUUCAGCUGACCGUCCUAAAAAGGCAUCCGUACCUAACUGGCUUAGGGAAGAAAUCAUUAAGAACAAGGCUGUUAUCACAAGUUCAAGUUCUGCCCUUAAUUUCCCCAAGGAGGAUUCACAAUCCAUGGAUGACGAUGAUAACGAUAAGCCUUCUAGGAAGGAAGAUCAAUCAGACAACAAAAGCAACGAUUCAUCAACAGAAGAUGAAGAUGAGGAUGAGGUUGAAGUUGCUAGAACUGCAGCUAUUAACCAGGAGAUAAAGCGUGUUCUCACUGAUGUUCUUCUGAAGGUUACUGACGAUCUGUUUGAUGAAAUAGCUACCAAAGUUCUGAAAGAAGAUGGUCCCUCAGUUGAAGUUAAUCGAGAUGGUGACUUGUCAAACCACCACUUCUUGCCUUCUGCUCCAUCAGUUUCAACACCCAAGGCCUCCGCCAAGAUUCUGAUCCCAACCAAGGCCAAGGGAAGCGACACUGAGGAUGGUAGUGAAAGAUCUACCUCUGGUACUGCUGGAGAUAUACUGGGGCUAGGUAAUUAUGCCUCGGAUGAGGAAGAUGAGAUACAGAAUCCAGGAAAGCCAAAUUUAAAGGAUGGCUCCAUGCAACAGAGCAAGCUUUUGGACGCUAAUCCUGUCAUUGAGAACAGUGGUUACCAGGAACAAAGAAAUGUUCCAGCUAGUGCUGCUGAAAUUCUGCCAAAUGAUAAUAUGGCUGCUAAAGAAUAUGCAUCAGCUAAUAGUCUGCAUUCCUGUAAGAGAUUGUCUGGCACUGUAGAAAGUGAGUACCAGCAUGGUUAUGAUACUUCUAACUCGAACAACUAUUUGACUGAAAAGGCCGUUGAGAGAGAUGAAAGACCAGAUGGGAAUUUUGAAGCCCAAAGGUGGAUGAACAAUGAUUCCCGGACCCAAAAUACCCGGAGUGGAUCUGAUAAAAAUGAUGAGCUUGAAAACAAAAGAAGCUCAAUGAAGAAAGAGCAAAAAAAUUCAGAAAGUUCUAAGGGUAGACUGGAUAAGAAGGGAGAUGAAGAACAUAGAAGACAUGAAGAAAGGCGAGCAAGAGCUGGUAGGAAUGACCAUCAUGAUAAUUUCAAAGAUAAAGUGAAGGAGAAAGGUAAGACUGAUGAAAAAGCAAUUAGCAAUGAACCAAGAAAGCGACCAUCUUCUUCCGAUAACAAGGAAGGGACAAUUGAGGCACACAAAGAUAAAAGAAGUAGUAGUAAAAAGGAUGAUGAUGGGAAAAGGAAAGAGAGAACAGGGGAUGAGAGAAAAGAACGAUCUAGACAUAAAAGUGGUACUGAACCCAGUAGACAUAAACGACGCCAGUCAUCUUCAGUUGGUGCCAGGGAUAGAGGGACCAAGGAUAACUCCUUGGAUAGUCGUGCAAAUGAGUCGAGUGACGAAUCUUCGGAUGAUUCUAGAAGGAAAUCACAUCACUUGAGAAGACAUAAAUCUCCAUUGCCCACCAGGACAAGAAAAAGACAAGUUUCGCGGUCACCCCAUAGCAAGCAUUCUAAGCGCAGGAAUUCUCCCUACUCUUCUAUUGAGAGUACCAGGGGCAAAAGAUCACCAUCACCGUCGCCAUCAAGAUCCAGAUCCCCUGUGCACCGUCGACGAUAGUAGGAUUGAGACUGGGUGAAGCCUGACUUAUUUCCAUGCCAUGCUGCCGCCAUGAAUGAUGACAUGAAGUCACACACAGGAACAACGUGGAGAAGCAAAGAUAUCAGCUCACAACCUUUGAUUGGGUGGGAACUGAUUACUAUGUCAGAAGACGUCAAGAUACGUCCCAGGGGUUGCUAUGUGGCGAUGGCGGAUUGAUGCUGUAAAGCCACCAUUCAGCAUUUUCUGGACAUAAACGCAUGUUUCAAAUGGUGUUAUGGUACAAUUGCCUGUUGUCUAGUAUCAAUUUCUAUUAUAAUUGGAUUACAUGCUGGUCUUGAUUUUGUUAGUUGAUGUCCAUAAACUCAGCUACACAGCUUCCAAGUCCAUGUUCAUGGUUUUGUUGCAGGUUCAACCUUUUUAAGCUCUAGUAUUAGCUGCUGCCUUAUUCCCCUUCUCAUGUAAUCAAACUUCUCAUAUAUUCUUCACUUUGUAUGUAGAAGAAUUUCACCAGUUCUGUUUAAUCUCGACUGCACAAUACCUUUUCGACACAUUCUUACAUCGGUUUUCUCUACAAAAAUUGACUUCAAA